AUGCCAGAGGGAAAUCACAGCAUUGUGACUGAAUUUAUCCUUACAGGAUUCCCUGGACUUCAUCCAGAAUACCAAGGUCUUGCCUCAGUUGUGUUGUUCUUGGUUUAUUCCUUUACUUUGAUGGGCAAUGCUACAGUCUUUUUUUUAUUUGCAACUGAUCGUAGCCUUCAUAAGCCAAUGUAUUAUAUAAUUCUGAAUCUCAGUGCUUGUGACAUUCUCUUUAGCACAACCACCUUACCUAAGAUCAUAAGUAAGUACUGGUUUCAAUCAGGGACCAUCUCAUUCAAUGCUUGUUUUGUCCAAAUGUACUUUGUUCACUUUCUUGGCUCAGUGAAUUCCUAUAUUCUCUUCCUAAUGGCUUUAGAUAGGUAUUUCGCCAUCUGCCAUCCUCUCAGAUAUACACUUGUUCUUAAAAACUCCACUAUAUGCAUUCUCAGUAUUACUGCAUGGGUUGUUGCCAAUGCAGGCCCUUUAAUGAUAGUUAUUAGGGCAUACCCUCUGCCUUACUGUGCCUCAAACAUAAUCAAUCACUGUUACUGUGAUCAUAUUGGUAUAACAAUACUCGCUUGCACUGACAGAGCCCCUUAUGGCUUUCCUGCUUUUGUGUUUGCAAUGGUUGUGCUGCUGGGGCCUCUGGCAUUUAUCAUUUUUUCCUACUGUUGCAUAGUUAGAGCAGUACUUAAGAUAGCAAAUUUACAAGGUCGCCUUAAAUCUUUAUCCACUUGUAGUACUCAACUAAUGGUAAUUUCACUCUAUUAUUUACCCAGGUGUUUUGUAUAUUUAGCCAGCAAUGUUGGCAUUAAAUUUAGUGCCGAUAUGCGAAUAGUAAUUAUCAUGCUGUAUAGCCUUUGCCCCCCUAUGAUAAAUCCACUUAUAUAUUGCUUAAGAAGUAAAGAAAUGAGAGAAAGCUUGCGAAAGCAAUUCAACAAAAGGGCUGCUUCACAAAAAACACGAGUUGCAGCUGUUAGUGACUGA